UAGAUAAAACAAUAAGAUGUUAAAGACAUGCUGUUAACUUAUAAUAACUUUAAGUAUAACAUUCUCUCAGUGACAACUUGUAAACAACUUGUUAGAUAACAACACCUUCUCUCAAGAGAUAAAACGGCCGAAACUUUGAUUGACAACCUGUGCAGCAAAUGAAAAAUUCGUCGUCUGGGACUGAGCCAAUGAAAUGUGUGGGGGCGGGGCUACGCAAAACACCGGACUGCUCUCUCUGCUUUUGUCUUGUGUGUGGUGGUAGAUGUCUUCAAACAGAAACGACUAGAGCAGAAGACGCAAGAAAGAUGUUUGCGAAAGCCACUAAGAACCUGGUCUCUGAGAUCGACACUGAUGGUUCCCUGAUCUCAGUGUCCCGUCUGAAUGACUCUGAUGGUCUGGCUCCUCUGGCACUGGUCAUCAAGCAAAACCGCUACUGGUUUUGGCAACAGCCCAAGUACCUAAUAUCAGACUUCAAAUUAAAUGAUGUUCUUGUUGGAGAUCCCAUAAAUCCAGAUGUGGUUGAAACAGACUUUUUGACCUAUAAUGGCAAACUUGUGGAUAACAAAAGUGGAAGUGCUGAAGCGGACCUUGGGGCGGGGAGCAUUAAUGUGGGGGGUGCCGGCUCCAGCAAAUUUCAGUCAUCGUUUGGAAACCUAAAGAAACAGGAGGUGGAUGUUCAGAAGCUCUUACAGGAAUCCAAAUCUAGAGUUCUGGACCUGAAGCACUCUCUGAUCGAGCAGACACGGGAGUCGUAUAGGGAGGUGAUGACACUCGUGAAGGAGCGAAUCAUCACCACUCAGCCUUGCACCGUCACCGAGGACGUUCAGGAAGGUGGUACCUGCACUGGAAUGUUUGGGUUCAAUAAGGCAAUAAAGGUGUCAGUCAAUGAUAAAGGGAAGCCUUUUGUCGAGUAUGACACUAAUGUGUCUAUCAACAUCCCCCCCAAAACCACCAUUGCUUACAGUGUGAUUGAACUAGAAGUUUCUCAAACUGGACACUACGAACUGUGCCUGCUGCCAAAUGUCAAGGGUGGUUUUGAAGUUGACGGGCGAGUGAAGGUGAAGGAAGCAUGCACAGUUAGUGCCGCACCAGGGAAAACAUCCAACAAACUGCAGAAAGAUCUGGAAGGACUCCAGGGGCAGUUUACGGUUCUCUCUAAACUCCCAUCCAGCACACGCUCCUCAUUAUUCCAGCAGAUCUCUCUGCUCCUGCAGGACAGUGCAGCCAUCAGCGUGCUGGAGGACGCACUAGAGGAACUGUGUGGUGGGAUGCAGCCUGAUCCCAGUACAUUAGAGAAGGUGCCUGCUCUGAAGACCACGCUGGAGCUUGUACAGAAGUCUGCUGGUACUAAUGCUUCUGGAAAGCAGAAGAAACCCAGCGCUCUGACUGCCACCCAUCUGCUCAUCAGCUCCUUAGAUGAGAUGACUGACUCUGCCCUGCUUGAGCUCAAAUCCUGCUGCAGUCACGCAACCCUGCAAGCUUUGCUUCAUCUGGUGCAAAAUAUGACUUCAAAUAAGAAGUCCUCUCUGAAAGAUGCUGAUCUGGCUGCGUUAACCAAUGAGAAAGUCUUCAAGAAGGUUACAUCACUCUUUGCUUCCUGUAACGUGACACUGCUUAAGGAGAAGGAUUCAGUGGUUACAAAAAUCAGCAACCCACAGGAUCGCCUUCCUCUCAUGCUGUGCAUUACUGUUAAAGGCUUGGCAUCUCUAGUGCCCCCUGUCUGACUGGAGUACAACACCAAAGCAAAAAUAUCUGAUGUAACCUGAGGACCAAAGGGCACUUAAAGCCGUGGACAAUCUGCAAACUGGGAUAAGAAGGAAAAAAAAAAUUGGAUCCUUAAGUGGCCUUUCAGCGGUUUUAUAGAAAUCGUCUUUAAAUAGUUGUAAUUCAUUUUAAAUUGUUUUUUAAAGUACCUCUGUGGAUUUCCACUCUAAAAGGUUUGACAGUGUUGCCAAGUCUGCUGUUUUCCUGUAGAAUUGGGCUACUUUAACACUGUUGGUGUGGGUUGGUUUUGAUGUCCAUGGGUUAUGAUAACGUGAUACCCAAUAACGUGAUAUUUAGCUCCUGGAAUGCGAUUUUUACCGUGGGACCCCCCCCUUGAAGCGCGAUUGGGCUAGUUUUGUGAAAACCUGGCAACCCUGGAAAUACACUCUUAUGUGAAAAUGCACAAUGAAUUGUUUACAUCAUAUUUUGUCCAUGUUUUCAUAAAUUCCUUAACCCAGUUUUCUGCCAUCUAAACUUCUUUAACCCUCUGGGGUCGACAAAGAAUAUGCGUUUUGAGGAAGAUUUUCCUGAUAAGGCCGAGAUGAGCUUGAAUUACUCUGCCAUUUUUGAUCGUACAGAUAAGAGCAAUACACCAUUCGAAUCUGUAAGGGGUCUACUUUUAUUUGUAUACACUCAUAAUAACAACUAAACUUUGUGCUUUUGAAGAAUAAAGAAAACAAACAGGGUGUGUUCUCAGUCUUCACUCUCUCCGCAAACUGCUUUUUGAAACACGUCACUAAAAUGAACUGUAACUCAGCAAAUACUUCACACAGAGACAUGGGAAAUAUAUCUAUAGAAAGCUUGACAUGUCUACUCUUAAAUGAAGCAAGUCUUACCGAAAACAAAUAUUCUGUGAUAAAGUAAUCCAUAUGAAACCAAGGACAUGUCCAGUUUUUCCGUGUGGUCUCAUUAUCUCUAAUUAGCUCGCGCUAUUGAUAUUACAAAUCUCCACGCGAGACAGGCGGCAUGUAAAUGCCCACACCACCGUAAACAAAGCAGCAACGCGUUCAUCUCAGAUACUGUUCAGUUUUGGAAGAACAUGCUGUGAGGAAUAAGCCUUGUAUUUACCUCACAAACCGAACGCGAGCGCAGCUGGAGCCGGCGGCGGAGGAGAUAUUUUAUACAGAGUAAGUAAUGUUUCUUAUUGGCAUUCGAUAAUGUGUUGUUGUGACAAAGUUGAACGCAUUUACUAGUUGAACUUUUCCCAAACUAUAACUCCAGAAUAAAAUGUGUAAAAUUGCAUUCCUUUCAUUGCAUUUAAAUGUUGCACAACGUGAGGAUAGUUAUACGUUCUAUGCUUUAUUUAUUUUGAAUAGUAAAAAUAUGUAGGCCUGUAUAUUAUAAUAAAUAUAAUGUACUGUUUUUGUUGUACUUUGGAUCAAAUAAAUGCAGGCUUGGUGAGCUGAAGACACUUCUUAAAAAAAAAAAAAAAUUACAAAUCUUACUGUUUAAAUAAUUUGACUGGUAGUGUAUGUAUUGUCACCAUGUUUGCUUUGUCUUUGUCCGUUCAUUGUGUUGCUCACGUCUGUUUUGUGUUUUCUCAUGCAGUUUCUGCUGUCUCCCGUUUUCCUGGGUUCCAGUUUCCUGCCACUGUUUUGGAUAUUGCACCCAAGAUGUCUUGACUCUUCUGUUGUUUAUUUGUUUGUUUGUUCCUAAUAAACUAUUUAACUGCACUCGCAAUUGAAUCUCAAGUUAUUUUAUGUGAUAGUUAUAUGUAUACACAUUUCUUUUUUCCUCACAUUCUUUCUUGUAGCAAUUCCCUCUGUCACACACCUGACUCAAUGGCUCAUUAUGGAGCUCAUUAUGCGGGUCUUUGUCUUCUCAGGUGUGAGUCACAGCAUUAUCCAGGAUAGUUCACGCCCUCUCGCAUAGACCCUUUCUACUCAAAAAGUGACUUAGAAAAUUUAAAUCAAUACAUUGUUUUCUCUGAAUGAGUGAGUUAGAUUAUUUUCAGAUCAUUAUGAAGCAAAAGUUCUAGGCUACAAGAUCCAGUUCUCAAAAGUCUUGUGAACAAAUGUUCUGUAUGUGUUUUAUGGCCUUAUUUCAGUUACUUUAAAAUUUGUAAUUUUUUCUAACCACGCAUAAACGUUGUUUUCUCAAAAACACAAUCACGUACGUACAUGCUGCUCACAUUGUAUUCAGCACAAACUGGGCUACAAUAAUGUGUUUUUAGACUUUAGCCAUUAAAAUGUUUAUAAGCAACUGAAAAAAGCACAAACGUCAGGGCAUGUCAAAACUUCUCCAGGGCCCCAAA